AUGAGCGCUAUGAAAAAAAAUCCCUUAAUGAACAGAUGCCGUGAGCCUCUCUCUCUUAGUUUCUCCCUACAAAAGUCGCUACUUUUAUGUCGCCGAAAUUUGAGCGAUGUCCCGCGACAUGAUUUUGUUACGCGAAAUAAAAAAAAAAGAGUGACAUGAAGUAUUAUAAAUUCGGUGUUUGCUCUUGUUUGCUGCUUGCAGCAUCAUCACCCCUCAAAAGCAGUUGCGAUUAUAGUUACUCUUACGAAGUCUCGGAAUUGCGGGCGGUGUUUGCGGUACCUCGAGUAAGUACACCGAUACUACAUUAGGCAUAAUUGGAUUGCUGUUAGCUAUUCGUAAAUUUCAGUUUUCCGUGUGUUUAUGGUUGUUUCCACUGACUUGUUUGAUUGCACAGCUGUUGCAAGCCGUUCGUUCUCUUUUUUUGGAUUUGCUUAAUUGUCUUCAGAUUUACUUCCAACGCCAAUUUUGAAGAAUUAACAAUUAAGCACCUGAUAUCAACGUGCUUUUUUACACAUUCAACUGUUCCGUCUCCUAUGUGUUUUUUGUUUAACUGUUGAGGUUGGCUAUUUUUUAUUUGACUUUCUUUCAAUUUAACAUCUUCACUCUUUAAUUAAUAUUGGUAUCAUGAAUCUUGGAGAAUUCGAUACUCUUUCAAGCACGGACUCAGUCUCGAAGCCUUAUGACUCCUCCACCGAGACUGGUGAAGUAACCUUUAGACCUGUGUAUCGGGACCACGUUGACGAUGCGGAGGAUUUAGCUCGCUUGGGUUACAAACAAUCGUUCCAUAGAGGUCUUUCGCUUUUCGGCGUUGCUAGUGUUUCUUUUUCCGUCUUAGGUUUACUUCCCUCGGUCGCGGCAACGCUUAACUUUUCUAUGCUGGCCGGUACACCAGGAAUGUUAUGGGGUUGGCUCAUUGCUUUGGUGUUUGUCUUAUGUGUCGCUGCAAGCAUGGCCGAAUUGUGUUCUAGUAUGCCAACAUCCGGAGGAUUAUACUAUUCGGCCAAAGUGCUUGCGCCCAAAGGGUGGGGUCCUUUGGCUUCUUGGGUUACUGGUUGGUCCAAUUAUAUAGCUCAACUUUGUUUUCUAAGCAGCUGUAUCUACAGUUUAUCCAACUUACUAAUCUAUGCUGCCGAUGAGUUCGAUGGCAAAGAUUUUGUGAUUAAACAUUACCAUAUAUAUUUCCUUUGCCUUUCUUUCAUCGUGGUGCUUUCUAUCAUGGCUUCAUUACCCACUUGGAUAAUGGGAAAAAUUAAUUCUGUUUUCACGUUUUUGAAUAUACUUUCCCUUCUCGCUGCUAUCAUUAUUAUCCUGGUUAGUGUUUCCAUGCGUGAUGGUUUCAAUACUAAUAUGGGAGUAUGGAGUCACUUCCAAAAUCAGACUGAUUGGCCUAUAGGAUUUGCUAUGCUUAUGUCGUUCUGUGGUGUUCUCUGGUCUAUGGUCGGAUUGGAUACUUCUUAUCAUCUUGUUGAGGAAUGUGCCAGCGCCUCUGUGAAUGCGCCCAACGGUAUCAUGCUUACUGCUUUAGUUGGCGGAUUUUCUGGCUGGAUUAUACAUCUGGUAAUUGCGUAUACAAUUGAUGAUUAUACUGCCGUUGUCGAGGCGCACAAUUUGUGGGUUGCAUAUUUGAUACAGGUUCUUAGCCAUAAUGGCGCUAAGGCAGUCAUCGCGCUUACCGUAUUUUCAAAUUUUCUUAUGGCCCAGGGUGUAUUAAUUACAUCAUCUCGGACUGCGUAUUCGUAUGCUCGUGAUGGUGUUCUUCCUUUCUCAAAGUGGAUCGCACGAAUAAACAAGCGAACCACUACACCCGUUAAUGCCGUACUUUUGAAUUGCUCCCUUGCAGCACUUAUUCUUUUGCUUAUUUUUAAAGGUCAAUAUGCCACGGACGCCAUUUAUUCUGUUUGUGGUAUCGCAGCAUUUGUCGCGUUUAUCAUUCCAAUUGGCCUUCGCUCAUUCGUCGUGAAGAACAGUAAGUUUUCUCGUGGGGCGUGGCAUUUGGGUCGAUAUUCAAAGCUGGUUGGUGGAGCGGGUACCGUCUUUGUGAUUAUUUUGAUUCCGAUAUUGUGUUUUCCGACUAUGAUACAUCCUAGCGCUAUUGAUAUGAAUUGGGCCUGUCUUGGGUAUAGCGUGCCAAUGGCAGCAGUCCUUCUGUGGUUUGCUUUGGGAGCGAAGCAUUGGUACAAAGGACCAAAAGCGGAUAUGCCUGGAUUGGACAUUCCGCGCAUGUCAAGUUUAAAAAAUGAUGCGGUACAUCAUCGAGAUUCCAGCCAUUCUACGAUGAAUAGCUACUAAGCACUGAGGGAAUAUUUACGUACAAUGGCUAUGCAGUUUACCUCUUAUUUAUGUCCCUGUGUAGAUAUGUGAUAGUGAUAGUAUACGCAAGUUUAUUGAUGA